GCCCUGCCUCCGUCUUACUGCAGUGACGUCAGGCAAUACACGUGGGCUGUGUGUUUGUUGCAGGAAGUGAAGAUGGCGGACGUUGCGUUACUAUCAGAGUCUGUGCUCGGCUGGUCCAUUUUUGGACUUGUGCUUCUGGCAAUUUUGGCAUUUUGUUGGAUUUACAUACGAAAGUACCAGAGUCGACAGGAAAGUGAAGUGAUCUCUACUAUAACGGCAAUAUGUGCCCUUGCCAUUGCAUUGAUAACUUCAGCGCUUCUUCCAGUGGACAUAUUCUUGGUAUCCUAUAUGAAAGAGUCAAAUGGCACUUACAAGGAGUGGGCUGCGAGCAAUGUCACAAGAGAGCAGAUUGAGGACACUGUAUUAUAUGGAUAUUAUACAUUGUACUCCAUUAUUCUGUUCUGCGUUUUCCUGUGGAUCCCCUUUGUUUACUUCUAUUAUGAAGAAAAGGACGACGAUAACAUCAACAGGUGCUCGCAAGUGAAAAAUGCCCUGAAGUAUACCCUUGGCUUUAUGAUAGUUUGCACUGCUCUUCUCCUAAUCGGAGCAUUUGUGCCCCUGGAAGCACCAACCAACCAAAACUCCACUCAGUGGGAAAAAGUUCAGUAUUUGUUUGAGGAACUUGGGAGUAGCCAUUGCUUGGCUGCCCUGUCAUUCUCCAUUAGCUCCCUGACCUUGAUUGGAAUGCUGGCAGUGAUCACUUACACAGCUUAUGGUAUGUCCAUCCUACCACUAAACCUGAUAAAAGGCACCAGAAGUGUAGUCUACGAGCGCUUGGAGAACACGGAAGACAUUGAAGAAGUAGAGCAACAGAUAGACAACAUCAAAUCUAAGUGCACGGAUGGCCGUCCUUUAUCCACAAGGGACAGAAGGUCCCUGCAGCAGCUGGAAGAGAAAUUGCAGCUGCUUCGAAGAAGAGACAGGCACCUGGAAACUGCUGAAAAGAACUGCUGCACAACAUUCUGCAGUGCCCUUCGACCUUUAAAGAUUGCUAUUGGAGUGUUUUUCAUCCUGGUGGCUUUGUUGUUUAUCAUUGCACUUUUCAUAUCAAACUUGGAUAAAGCCCUUCAUUCUGCUGGAGUCAACACUGGAUUCAUAGUCUUUGGGACUAAUUUUACCAACCCACUAAAUGAGUUGUUGUUAGCAUUACAACCUGUUUUUCCUUUGGAUUACAUCUUGAUUACAGUCAUUACAAUGUAUUUUGUCUUCACAUCCGUGGCAGGGAUACGGAAUAUGGGCAUAUGGUUCUUCUGGAUAAGGUUGUACAAGAUUAGACGAGGAAGAACCCGACCCCAGGCUCUCCUCUUCCUAUGCAUGAUCCUCCUGCUCAUUGUUCUUCACACCAGCUACAUGAUGUACAGCCUUGCACCUCAAUACGUCAUGUAUGGAAGUCAGAAGUACUUAAUACAGAGCAAAGUUCCAUCUAUUAAAGCAAUGCAAGGGAAUUCAACAGCUGGAGUGAUAAAGAAUUGUGAUGCAGAUGCCCCUGAAGAUCAGUGCACAAUCACAAGGACAUAUCUCUUUCUUCAUAAGUUUUGGUUCUUCAGCACCAUCUAUUACUUUGGCAACUGGGCUUUCAUUGCGUUUUUCCUUAUUGGAUUAGUUGUGUCUUGCUGCAAAGGAAAGAAAUCUGUAAUUGAAGGAGAAGUGGAAGAAGAUGACUCUGAUAUGAGUGAUGAUGAAUUUUUGCAGGUGUAGAACCUUUUGACCGAAAACUUAGGAGACCUUCUGGUACUUCCAAGUUUCAUUUCCACAUUGAAAAUAAAGGGAGGGUUGCAGGAUUUAAUUGAAUUGCUGAAAAAUUGUGUGUGGUGUGUUACAGAUUUAAAUGUGAUCUUUGUUUAGAUGUUUUUUGUUUGUUUUUCCUUUUUACUAUGCUUUUCUUCACCAUCUAAAUUAUAGUAUUGUUGAAUCAAGAGUAUGUAUACUUUUGUUGUUGACAAAUGUUAUACUACAUUUCUGCCAGCAUUAUAUCCUCGCUGAUCUGCUGAUUUACAAAUAAGACUAUUAACUUGAAUUGAUUAGAAUAUGACCGGUAUAGUAAUAUAGUUGCAACUUGAAAUGUAAGAAGUUUCUAUUAAAUGUUUAGGUUACAAUGAACUAAUUUACAUUAAUAAUAUAAUGUGUUGUAUAAAAUGUAAUGCACUGCUAAUUACCAGUCUAAAAUGUAUGCUUUGCAUUUAGUUUAGAUGAAACAGAGGAUGCAAGAUAUGUUUCAGAUUGUGAGCAUGAAUAUCAUGGUAUUAUAAAUGAACUGCAGAUGUUUUGCAUUCUGUGGUAAAGAAAACUGUAGUUUGUUUGCAACAGUUGUCUUUUUGCACUUCUAAUAGUUACACAUAAAUUAUAUACAAUACAGUG